UAAAUUCAUCAGAAUUUAAUACUACGAUUAAAAACAAAAUUCAUCCCGAAGAAGAAGCUGAAGCAUUAAAGGCCGAUCAAGACGAAUUAAAUAACUAUUUUGAAAUUGCCGAAAUUAGAGUUGAUAAUGAGGACAAUAAGAAAAAGCUUCUAAAAGUCAAUAAAAUGAACAACGACAUGGAAGAAUUUUUAGACAAGCAAAUGGAAAAUGAAAAUAACCUAGAAACAUAUCAAUUGAAGUAUGAUGAGAUUUUCCAAGCACAUCAACUAGUAUUCUCUGAUUACAUAAAAACCGACGAGGAACCACGUAGGGAUGGGACUUAUUUGAAAGUGACUAAGUGGGUUAAUGUUAAUAAUGAAAAUGAAGAAUAUGCAUUUAAAAAUAUAUCUGAAAAAGAUAAAAGUGGCGUACAAAAUCAAGUUACAAUUCUUAGAGAACUUCACGAUUGGCAGAAUAUAAUAAAAUUUUACGGUCUUACUAAUGAUGGAAAUAAAUGGUAUUUGGUAACCGAAUGGGCCGAACAUGGAAAUUUACGUGAAUUUUAUAUAAACCGUAAAGAUUUAUUUAAUCUUAAAUUGAAAUUACGCGUGUCUCUCGAUAUUGCUCGUGGAUUAAAUUUUUUAAGAAAUGUAGAGAUUUUGCAUCGUGAUAUUAGGGCUGAGAAUGUAUUGAUUACUCAUAAUCACAUAGCAAAACUUACAAAUUUUAAAUCAAGCCGUUCAUAUAAGGCAAAUACGAUGAAUCAAAUCCAAAAUAUAGAACAGAUUCGAUAUUGUGCUCCUGAAAUAUUGGAGAGGACCCCAGGCUUCAAAUACAAUAAUAAAUGUGAAGUUUAUAGCUUUGGAAUUUUACUUUGGGAAAUUUCAGAGGAAAAAACUCCAUAUGAAAACCUAGAUGAUUUGAUAAAAAUAAAUAACCUUGUGCUUAAUAAAUAUCGAGAACCAUUUUCUGAAAAUAAUCAAAUGCCGGAUAAAUUCAAGGACUUAGCACUUGAUGCUAUUAAUCACGAUCCAGAAUUUAGACCAAAGCUUACGACAAUGUUAGAAAUUCUUAGUAAUUGUUUUGAAUCUUUUGAAACCCCUUCACACACGCCUUUACAAGACAAAAAAUACGUAUCACAAAAGCAUGUUCCAAAAUUACCAGACUUCGAAUCGUUUAAUUACAUGACACUCACUGAAGCAGCAAAACAACAUAAAAGGGAUAAACAAGGCAUACUCCUCGGAGAUGUGAAGACUGCAUAUAAGUGUUUCGAAGCGUAUGCAAACUCCAAUACGACAAUUCGUAAUCAAAUUAUGGCAAAGUAUUAUAAAGCAUAUUAUAUUUCAAAAGGAUUUGUUGAAGGUCCUCCGGAUAAAGAUAAAAUUGUUGCUGAAUUAUUUAAAGAAGUUGCUGAUGAUAAAGCAAAUGAAUUCCCUGAAGCUAAACUAAAAUAUGGAUUUUGCUUAUAUAAUGGUAAAGGCGUUGAAAAGAAUCUGCCAGAAGCUCUCAAAUAUUUUGAACAAGCUGCUGAAAAUGGUUAUAUGGUAGCAAUAUAUAAUGCUGGAAAAAUGUAUUAUGAAGGCGUUAGUGUUGAAAAGAAUGAAGAAAAAGCUAUUCGUUAUAUGAGAUUAGCUAUUUAUCAUGAUUAUAAAUAUGCUAUCGAAUUUUGUAAAGAACAUAACAUUCCAUUAUAGUUUUAAUUACUUUAUUGUACUUAUUAAUAAAUUAAUAAAUUUAAUAAAUUUGAAAUUGUAAGUUUUUGU